GCGCCAGUCGACUGAAGAGCAACUUCUCUGUCAAGAUUAUCGAAACAGCCUGAUUUUCUGGUAGCUUUAUUGUUUUAGAAUUAGUGCAGAACACAUAUACCAAUGUUAAAGGUAAUAUUUCACCUUUGUGCCUUACGUUGGUGGUUUAUAUUACAAAUAUCUUCCUUAAAUUAGUAGAGUUCGAUUACUCGGCGAUCUGCCAGCCAACCUGCGGAGCUAGCCUGGUUAGCCGUUAGCUGGAUGCGCAGCAGCAGAGUGUCGUCUGGCAGCUACUAAACCAUCGGACCAAUGUCUCAAAAAUCAACUUGGAUUUGUUUUACCUCGUUGGAGACGAACAUUGGCCGCUAAUCUUAACAGAGCCUGCCCAGCAGAGUGACCCGGAGACGCGGAUGUUUCUGUCUGACGGUUUAUUGUUCAGCGGCUAACCGAAGCUAGCCUGUUAGCAGCUAACCCGUUAGCAGCGGCUGUAAAGCCUGGCCUCUGCAUGGCGACAACAGACUGACGGCAGCAGGAGUGAGCAGCCAAUCAGCUGAGGCCCGCCCCCGUAGCAACAUGGCGUCCCGUCAGAGGAACUCGGUCCGGAUCCUGUCGAGCCGGGAGCGGGGAUCCCAGACGUUCGGCUCGCAGCGGCUCCUGCAGCUGCUGGUGGAGGAGAAGGUCCGCUGGAUGAAAUGGCAGAGUCAGAAAGUGGAGCUUCCAGACAGCCCUCGAUCAACGUUCCUGCUGGCCUUCAGCCCGGACAGGUCUUUAAUGGCCUCCACGCACGUCAACCACAACAUCUACAUAACGGAGGUGAAGACUGGAAAGUGCCUCCAUUCCUUAGUGGGCCACCGGAGAACCCCCUGGUGUGUGACCUUUCACCCCACCAUUCCUGGCUUGGUGGCCUCCGGGUGCCUUGAUGGGGAAGUCCGCAUUUGGGACCUGCAUGGCGGCAGUGAGAGCUGGUUUACGGAGAGCAACGUGGCCAUCGCCUCUCUGGCCUUCCACCCGACCGCCCAGCUCCUCCUCAUCGCCACCAACAACGAGCUUCACUUCUGGGACUGGAGCCGGCCGGAGCCGUUCGCCGUGGUCAAGACGGGCAGCGACACGGAACGAGUGAGGUUGGUGAGAUUUGAUCCUCUGGGUCACAACCUGCUCACGGCGAUCGUGAAUCCGUCCAAUCAGCAGAAUGAGGAAGACUCUGAGGUCCCGAUGGACAGCGUGGAGAUGCCUCACUUCCGCCAGCGCUCCUUCCUGCCUUCCCAGCCAGUUCGCCGGACGCCAAUCCUUCACAACUUCCUGCACAUCUUGUCGUCUUCUCGCUCCCCGGGACCCAGCGUCGGAGCCGAGCAGCCGCCGCCUCCGCCGCCGCCACGGCCCGUAAGCGACGGCGGCAGCGGAGUCAGCGAAUCGCCCGGCGGCCCCUCGCUCCCCGGCUGCACCCAGCACCUGGGCAUGUUGUGCGUCUGCACCCGCUGCUCCGUCAGCCGGAAGCGCUGCCUGCCCACCGGCGCCUCCACUUCGACACCAUCGGUUUCCACGGAGACGCCAACGCUCUCCACGGCCUCCACCUUCUCUUCGGCCCGCACGGAGCCGCGGCAGCCCUCGGAUCGGCCCUCCGCCUUCACCUCCGUCUACUACAGCGCCGGCGCCUCCCUGAACCCCAUCAUGCCGAACAUCAUGGAGCCGCUGGGCGCCGCCCGGCCCGGGCCGGACUGGACCCGCAGCCUGCUGAACUUGCGGGACAGCGCGGCAGGCCCCGCCAUGCUUCCUCCCAGGACCUCCUCCUCUUCCUCUGUCAGCCUGCUGUCGGUGCUCCGCCAGCAGGAUGGCUCGUCUCAGUCGCCGCUCUACACCUCCGCCUCCGAGGGGCGGGGCUUCGCCCAGCAGGGGGAGCCGGGGAGUCGGGACGGCGCCGGGACAAGCAGCGGCCACCACCCGUUCUGGGACGGCGGCCGCGGCUCCUCGGCCUCCUUCCGGAAUGUUCUGCAGUGCAACCUGAGCCGCUACUUCCUGGAGAUCGACCGCAUCGACAUCGACCCGUCGCUGGGCGGCAGCAUCGCCGAUGGCAACCAGGAGCCAAACCAAGAGCUGCUGAACAACAACAUGGACCCGGACAGGCCGGGCCAGUCCUCCUCUUCCUCGCCGACCAUCAUCCACUACCAGCCGCCAGCGCCCCCGCCCGUCGCCCACAGCCUAGAGAACAACGUGCCACCCCCGCCGCCGUCCUCCAGGGGGCACCACCUGAACCGCUGCCGGGCCUGCCACAACCUGCUCACCUUCAACCAGGACUCCCAGCGCUGGGAGCGCACGCACCAGACCUCUUCCACCACCUCCUCCUCUUCUUCUCUGGAUCCUCCCUCCUCUUCCUCCUCCUUCCCCUCACCUGCCGCCGCCUGGCAGCCGGAGGAGAGCAGGAGGACACUGGAGAACCAGGAGAGGGAGAGGAGAGCGGCGCCAGAGACCAGCGAGCAGCCGGCUCUUCCUCCAGGAGGAGGAGCGGUGGCGUUCCCGUUGGCGCCGCCGCCCAGCCAGGCCGCCGAACAGACAGUGGGCCUGGUCUACAACCAGGACACGGCGCAGUGGGAAAGGGUGUACCGGCAGGCCACCGUCAGCCGGGCCGUCGAGCCGCCAGAGGCCUUAAGCCAAGAAAUGCCUGUUGACCCGCCGGAUGAGGAUUCCCUGAGGAGGCGGCUGCUGGAGUCAUCCCUGCUAUCGUUGUCUCGAUACGACAUGUCCGGGUCCAGAGACCAUCCCAUCUACCCAGACCCGGCCAGGCUUUCUCCUGCAGCCUACUACGCUCAGAGGAUGAUCCAGUAUCUGUCCAGGAGGGACAGCAUCCGCCAGCGUUCCCUCCGGUACCAGCAGAACCACCGCAUGCGGACCAUGUCCACGUCCUCCGACAGCCCCACCCCCAACCCGUCCAGCACCAUGGACAACAGCGACGUCGACUUCGAGGAGCUGGAUGAUAACGGAGACAGAGCGAGACACAGGACACCACGGAAUGCCAGGAUGUCUGCUCCGUCGCUGGGGCGAUUUGUCCCGCGCCGUUUCCUCCUGCCGGAGUACCUGCCGUACGCCGGAAUCUUCCACGAACGAGGACAGCCGGGUCUGGCUACACACUCGUCUGUCAACAGAGUUCUCGCUGGGGCCUCUAUUGGCGAAGGUCAGUCUGCGGUCGCCAGCAACAUCGCCAACACGACGUACCGCCUGCAGUGGUGGGACUUCACCAAGUUUGACCUCCCAGAGAUCAGUAACGCCUCGGUCAACGUUCUGGUGCCAAACUGUAAAAUCUACAACGACGCCAGCUGCGACAUCUCCGCAGACGGUCAGCUGCUGGCGGUUUUCAUUCCCAGCAGUCAGCGGGGUUUUCCUGACGAGGGCAUCCUGGCCAUCUACUCUCUGGCGCCACACAACCUGGGAGAAAUGCUCUACACCAAGAGAUUCGGUCCCAACGCCAUCUCUGUCAGCCUGUCCCCCAUGGGAUGCUACGUCAUGGUGGGCCUGGCAUCCCGCAGGAUCCUGCUGCAUCCCUCCACCGACCACAUGGUGGCGCAGGUGUUCCGCCUGCAGCAGCCGCAUGGAGGAGAGACAUCCAUGAGGAUGGUCUUCAACGUGGUUUACCCCAUGGCUCCGGACCAGAGACGCCACGUCAGCAUCAACUCGGCCCGGUGGCUGCCGGACCCGGCCAUGGGUCUGGCCUACGGCACCAACAAGGGAGACCUGGUGAUCUGCCGGCCUGUGUUCUACAGAAGCGACGGUGAGAGUCCUGCCGAGCCCAGCAGCGAACCGCUGUUCUCCGUCAACAACAGCGGAACCAGCCGGACCCGAGGUUCUGACAGACCAGGACCGAACCGCUCCGGCUGGAGGCUCGACAGAGACAUGGGACUGAUGAACGCCAUCGGUCUGCAGCCCAGAAACCCCACCCCCUCAGUGACAUCACAGGGAACGCAGACGCCGAUCGUCCAGCUGCAGAACGCCGAGACGCAGACGGAGAGAGAGCUGUCGGAGCCCGGCGCGUCCCAGCAGCCCCCCAGCGCUGAAGCUCCAUCGACGAGUCGAGCCGCUCAGGCGCCUCCAGAGACGCCCGAGAGCAGCGCCAUCCAAGAUGGAGUCCGGACUGAAGCAUCCGCCGAGUCCGGCGGUCCGGCAGCCGGUAACUGACUUACCGUCUGGAUUUACCGUCUGGUUCUCUGGAGGAUUGUUUUCAUAAAACCUCAUUGAACUUAAGUCAUGUUGUCAGGGUGUCCGCGCAUCUUUAAAACCUCUUAAAUUGAUUUGAAAAAUGUAAAUUAACUCUAAACAUGUUAAUCAAGGACUUAAAUUUGGUGGCACGAUUUACUCCAGGAUAGUUUAUGCAUUUAUUUUUUCUUUAAGGACUUUUCUGUCAGGC